AUGAGCACCCUUUUGAGACCCUCUUCCUCCCCCAUCAGCCACAACUCGUUCCGACGCCACCUGCCGCGCCAGAUGCACGUGACCAGCAUGGACCUCAGCAUGGAGGCGCUCCCCGCGCGGCAGUCCUCCACCGUCAGCAUCGGCCGCAUCAAGCCCGAGCUGUACAAGCAGCGGUCGGUGGACUCCCAGGACGGCCAGCCGCGCCCGCCGCCGGAGCCCUGCGGCAAGCUGAGCUUCUCCCUGCUGUACGACUACGAGGAGCAGGGCCUGGUGGUGCGCCUGCUGAAGGCCCUGGACCUGCCCGCCAAGGACUUCAGCGGCACCUCCGACCCCUACGUCAAGAUCUACCUGCUGCCCGACCGCAAGACCAAGUUCCAGACUCGCGUCCACCGCAAGAACCUCAACCCCAUGUUCGACGAGACCUUCCGCUUCGCCGUGCCGUACGACGAGCUGUGCGCGCGCCAGCUGCACUUCAGCGUGUACGACUUCGACCGCUUCACCAGCCACGACACGAUCGGCGAGGUGGUGGUGGACAACCUGUUCGAGCUGUCCGACCUGUCGCGGGAGGCCGUGGUGUGGAAGGACAUCCACGCCGCCACCACCGAUAGUGUGGACCUGGGUGAGAUCAUGUUCUCUCUGUGCUACCUUCCCACCGCCGGCCGGAUGACCCUCACCGUCAUCAAGUGCCGGAACCUGAAAGCCAUGGACAUCACAGGCUCCUCGGACCCGUACGUGAAGGUCUCCCUGAUAUGCGACGGGCGGCGUCUGAAAAAGAGGAAGACCACGACGAAGAGGAGCACGCUGAACCCGGUGUACAACGAGGCCAUCAUCUUCGACAUCCCCCCCGAGAACGUUGAGCAGGUCAGCCUGUCCAUCACCGUGAUGGACUACGACAGGGUGGGUCACAACGAGGUGAUCGGUGUGUGCUACACCGGGCCGGACGCUCAGGGCCUGGGGCGGGACCACUGGACCGAGAUGUUGGCGUACCCCCGGAAACCCAUCACCCACUGGCACUCCCUGGGCGAGUGGCCUGGAAGAGCAGCGAGCUUCGAGAGUCAGGGCUCCUGUCCGUCGCCGAAGCCACCCUUGACCCCCUGAGCAGCACCCAGCGGGUGUCACAACAGGGUGUCACAAACGGGUGUCGUGGUCCUGCUGUCCGGAGGUUGAAUCUGCUGUCGCUCGGGGUUACCAAGAGAAGAAGAACAUCGAAGAGACUCUGACGGACGACGCUCGCUCUGUGGUGUUUCUGUGUCUGUAGGUCACGGUGGAGAUGUGUUUAAAACCGUACGCUACGCGGUACGUGCGUGACACCUGAAUUCUUCAAGGGCUCGACAGAACCGACUAUGCACCGUACUUAAUUGACACAAAUUGCGUCUCGUGAGUAAUUGCUCUGUGCUCGUUAGUCAUAUUCGACAUUGCUAUGGUCACUCUCCCCGACGCUUGAAAUUAAAAUGCAUAAGUACCUUCCAACUUUAAAAUCACACCACACAUUUACCCAGCCGUCAUACUGACCAAAUCAUUGGAAGAACUAAUUAGGCAAUAUUAAAAUCAACUCACACGUUUCCAGGCAUCGCUGUACAGUCAUUGAAGCCGGUCCAUUUCCGUUUGAAACGAAACGAUAUAGACAUAUAUAUUUUUAUGUAAGAUUUAUUAUUGAAGGUUUUAUCCUUUAUAUUGUAGAGUGAGACAGACAGGAAGGUAUGGGAGACAGAGGGGGAGACAAGGACCGCGGGCGGGAAUCGAACCCGGGUCGCUGCCGUGAGGACUGGGCCUCAACGGUACGCGCUCGCCCCGCUGAACCACCGGGGCGCCCAAAACAGAACGAUACAGAUCCUAACGUCUGACCUCAUUGGACGGUUCUGUCGUUUCCACCGUGGAGAGGGACAGGUCAACAUGGAGUGUUUCCUCCGGCCGUACUUUAUGUAUGCAGUAUGUUUAUAUAUAUAUUAUACAUCCCACCCCCGCCGUCGUCGUUAACCUGUGGCCCGCAGGACGCUGCACAGCCGAGUCCAUCGCCCCCAGAGAGACGGUAGCCCGCACAUGUAGCAACGAGGGGGUCGUUACCCUGGAGACGUCCACCGACCUACAGACGGUGUCUGUCGGAACGUCUGGAAGAGCGGCGUCCAUGCCUAGAUAGAUAGAUACUGGCGAGAUUUCAUUCCUAUUAGAGAAAACGUGAAUCCCUGACCUAUGAUGUCAAUGGUCAAACUUUCCCUCGAAUUUUCCAUGGAAACAUACUUUUUCCAGCGCAUGCAUAUGAGGCAGUAUUCUCUAAUCACAGCCAGUCGCGAUGGGUUCCAUUAAAAUAUAAAACCAUCUUCCAGAAGGGUUUGAGACAGCCUUAAUCUCUGCAUUGUGUUGGCAUUGGAAGGCGUGACCUUGAUCAGAGCCUGAGUACAGAAACAACGCUGUCUGAUUUAUGAUUUCUCUUGAUUGCAGGAAUGCUCCCAGAGAUUAUUUGUUAUCGUCUGAUUUUUCCCAAAUGUAAUUUUCCGCUAUAUAGUAAUAUGCCGAACAACCCCUGAAUGGAUAAUUGGAAAAAACUAACAAAUAUAUGCAUCUUCCUGUCAUAUAAUUCAUUCAUAAAUCUUAACCCUUCGUUACAAGGAUUAAUAAAUACUAAAGAUAGCGUACAGUAGUUUAAAUGGACAACUUUUGGACCUGAUUGGAUAAGGUAACCUUGAAUAGACUUAAAAUGUUUAUAGGAAACAUGUCCUAGACACAGGGAAGCAAUCAACCAACACUUCACGCUCAACAUUGUUUUUUACGUAGUAUCUAUAUAUUUUUACAUUACAUUGAGCCAUUUUUUAUUAUUUUCUGUUGAAAACAUUGCAUUGACAUUAACGCGUGAGUAAUAACGAACUAAUACAAUGCCAACAUACAAAAAGGCUAUGUACUGUUAUCGAACUUGCACAUGAUAAAUAUGAAGCUUUCUUUCCUGUGCACUGCCCUAACAGUAAAAUGUGACUUUUUUUACAUGUACCAUGCAUGUGCUCAAAAAGAAAUGUUCAAUGAGGGAGGGGAAAAUGUAAUUAAUGAAUUAAGUACAGUUAUCAGAAUUUCUAACUAACAUUGUGUUUACAUGUACAUAUUGUUGUCAAACGUUUGUACAUAAAAGUGAACUAAAAACAAAGGUAACUGUAGACUUCUAUAUUAUUGUGCAAUUUACAUCGUUUAGUGAUAUUUUCUACGCCUUGUGCUUGUGUUUACGUCCAAUGAUGCACACUAUGUCAUACAUGUGAGGAACAAAUCAUAUUUGAGACGUUCAAGUGUACCUUAAGAACUUACUUUUGUUUUAAUUUUGCAUAUUGGUUGAGUUUACAAUUGAUCAAAAAAUAAUUCCAGCCGAUAAUUCGAUAUUUGACAUGCACCGCAGAUACACGGUGUACAGUUUGUGAUAACUUUUUGUAUAAUUCCAUUAGAAACUUCAAAUAUAAUGCAUUGUAACUGUUACCUAUGUAUUUUGACUAACAAAAAUAAAGAAAUA